AUGUUGCUGACACAUCUAUGGUCAAAAGACCUCACGACGCUUGUCGGCGAGGUCGCGGCAGCCAGCUUUCUUGUUUAUCUCCUCGGCCUUUUCAUCUAUAAUCGAUACUUCCAUCCACUGAAGGAUUUCCCCGGACCAUUCUGGGCUUCGGUCACGUCUUUGUGGUAUUGCCGAGCGGUUCGCUGUGGCCGAGGAGACGACUACCAACUUCCCAUCCACAAGAAAUACGGCACAUUCGUAAGACUGGCGCCCAACCUUGUCCAGAUUUCGGAUCCGGCAGCCAUUGAGACAAUUUACGGGCCGAAACAUGAAUUCGUCAAAGGCGACUUCUACCUGGGAUUCAACCCGAAGAUAUCCAAGAGGCAAGAUAAUUUCACGGAAGCCAACGAAGCCGCCCAUACUCGUCGACGGCGGACCGUGGCUCACCUAUACACGCAGGCAGCGGUGCUGGAAUACGAGCCAUGUGUGGACCGAUGUAUCGCGCUCUUCUACAAGAGAAUGGAGGAGUUCGCCGCCUCCGGGGCCGUCACCGACAUGGCCGUGUGGCUGAGGAAGUACACAUUCGACAUCAUCGGCGAGAUCUUUUACGGACGCGAAGGCGGAUUCGGCUUCAUUCGCGACAACAUCGACUACAACAACUGGUGCCAUCUGAUGGACGUGAUGCCGAACCCGGUCGCUGCGAUCUCGUAUGUGCCGUACGGCCUGCGAAAUCUGUACUUUAUGUUCCAGAUGCUGUGGCCGGAGACCCGGGCGGGCGCCAAGGGCUUCUUCACCGUCAUCGACCAGUCUCACGCCGCUGUCAAGCAACGCCUGGACGACAUCGCAGCCGGGAAACCAGUGAAUCGGCAAGACGUGCUAAGCAAACUUUUGGACAUUGUCAGUGAGGGGAAGCAUGCCGACUUUGGUUUGCUCGACGUGACCACGGAGAUCUGGACCAUGAUCUGGGCGGGCAGCGACACGACGUCGAUUGCGCUUUGCUCCAUUUUCUAUCAUUUGCACAAGAACCCCGCGACGCUGGCCAAGUUGCGGGAAGAGAUUGACACGGCCUUUGCCGACGGCACACUGAAAAAGCCCAUCCGCUUCAAUGACGCCAUCAAACUGCCCUACUUGCAUGCCGUGGUGCGCGAAGCCAUGCGCAUCCAUGGCUCUCUGGGCACGGGCCUCCCGCGCGUCGUACCGCCGGGCGGCGUUGAGAUCUGUGGCCGCUACUUUGCCGGCGGCACCGAAGUCAUCAUGAAUUCCAAUGCCGUGCAGUUCGACAAGGCCGUUUUCGGCCACGACAGCGAGUCUUUCGUCCCCGAGCGCUGGCUGCGCGACGGCGAACGCGCUGCCGCACACAUGGAGAGGCACACGUUGCAGUUCGGCUAUGGCAAGCGCAUCUGUAUCGGCCGCCACAUCACGAACACCGAAAUGUACAAGUUGCUCCCGACCAUCCUGCACGACUUUGAGUUCGAACUGGUCGGCAAUCGAGAGUGGGAGGUGUGGCGCGGCUGGUUCCAUCAGCCAAAAAAUGUCAAUGUCAGAGUGACCAGGCGGGCGCCCAACUUGAAGUCAUGA